CUAAUUGUGAUUCUAAUUGAUUUUUUUUCUUUUUCUCUCGAAAUUUGAUUUACUGUUUAUCUGAUUAAUUUCUCCUUCUUGUCUUUGAAGAGAUGGUUUGUCGUUUUGUAGGAGCAAAUUUUCAUUAGAAAAUGUAACCGGUGAAAAAAAGUUAAUUGGUUGUUAGAUUUGACCGGAUGGAGUUUUUGGAAACUCAUCAUGGAUGGAACAAUUCUUUUACUUGGAUGACAUAGUAUGGAUGGUUAAGAGGAGAAGAAGAAAAAUUCUCAUGGAGCAAAUUUAAUCAUCAAGGAGGAAUCUCUUUUGUGUCUAAAAAUGGACUAGAGAUGAAGAUUAUUCAAUUGCUGUGGUGAUGAAGAUGAGGAGAUAAUUGUUAAAGAUAUUACCAUGAAUUUGAGCCAAGUCAAACCUACUUAUCAUCCUCCGAUCUUAUUACUCUGUCUCCUCUCUCUCUCUCUCUCUCUCUCUAAUUUUCAUGUCGCUAUUUUGGUCUGAAAAUUUCCUCUGUCUGUUUAUAUCUGAAUAGAAAUAUCUGGUAGAGAAUGAGAGAGGGAGAGAUGAUGAUGAUGAUCUAAGGGAGAUCUAAAUGAUGGUGAAAUGGUAUUGAGAAAUUUUCCUCAGACGAGUAGUGAAAAUGGCUCCAUAUCUAACGGAAUUAGUUCGUAAGGAGAUCUCUUCAUACGAGAUUAAGUACAAUAAGAAUUUGGAAAAAUCAUCUUGUUAUCGAAAAAAUGGAAACAACGAUUUCAUCAAAGGAAGAUACAAUCAAUCAUUAUCGUAUUACAAUCAAGCGAUUUCAACAGCUCCAUUUGGUUCCAAUGAACUUUACUUUGCAUUCGCUAAUAGAUCAGCAGCUCUCUAUCAUUUAAAUCGUUACGCUGAUUGUUUGAUCGAUAUUGAUUGUGCCUUCAGUCAUGGUUAUCCAGUUGAAAAAGCUGAUAAAGUGCUAAAACGUAAGGCUGAUUGUUUGAAUAAAUUGCAAUCACCAUUAAAAGAAAAUACAACCAACAGUAAAUCAAAUGAAGAAAGGAAAUCAAAUACUAACGAAACUUUAAAAGACAACAACAAUUUACCAACAUGUGAUGUUAAUUUUAAGCCAAAUUAUUUAUCCAAUGCUGUUGAAAUCACUCAAAUUAAAAGUAAAGGUGGUUAUGGUAUUAGAGCGAUUGAUUCAAUUAAUUGUGGAUCAACAAUUCUUGAGGAGAGAUCAGCAAUUGGUAUACUUUCACCGGAAUAUUAUGAUAAAUAUUGUUACCAUUGUUUCAAGUUACUUAAUUGUCAACCUUUUCCAUGUCGUAAUUGUAAUCAGGUUUCAUUUUGUUCAACCAAUUGCUCAUCAAUCAGUUGGAAUCAAUAUCAUUCUGGUGAAUGUUGUUACCUUGAUUAUUUCAUCUUUACCAAAGCUUUUCAUUACGUGCCCAAAAUUGUCUUACGAGUAUUACUCAUUUGUGGACCAAUUGAUUGUCUUAAAUAUCAUCGUGAUCAACAACAACAAUCAAAAUCGGACAAUAUCGAGACCGAAAAAUCAACGAUUACACCAACAAUAACUUCACUUGAAGAAAAUGAAUCAAGUGAAUUUGAUAAAUCAAAGAAAAAGAAAAAGAAGAAGAAAAAACAAUCAACAACAAUAACAAACGAAACAUCGUCAUCAUCGUCAACACAAUUAGCCAGCAAUUCAAUUAACCAAUUGUAUCAAUCAAUUUAUUCACUGGUUGAACAUCCAGAAGAUUCAAAUGAUUACAAAUAUUUCACCAUGAAAAUAAUAAUCUACCUAAAGGAUAUCGUUAAAAAGGAGAUACCUGAUGACUCGAUUUCUUUAUUAAGUGAAUUAAUUGUUAAACAUUUUCGAUCAACUAUAGUCAAUGCAAUCGCAAUCCAAGAUCGACUGAUUGACCAUUCAAAAGAUUGGACAAUUAAUCUCGCCGAUAAAAUUGGAAUACCACAAAUUAACGAGAUCGAAAUUGGUUGUGGCCUUUAUUUAACUUUCCGUUACCUUAAUCACUCUUGUAUUCCUAAUAUACAUUUAGCCUGGUUCCAUGAUAAUUCACUUAAAAUGAUCGCAAUUAGGGACAUUAAAUCAGGUGAAGAAAUACUUAAUUCUUAUGGUGUUCAUUAUAAAUAUCAAUUGGCCUCUCGACGGAAACAAUUACUCAAAUCAUCAUAUUACUUUGAUUGUGCCUGUGAGGCUUGUGUAACUGGAUUACAGCCAUUGAGUAAAGCUUUUAAUUGUCCAACUUGUUCAGGUCCCGUUAUUUGUGAUGGAUCAAUUGUUUGCCUUGAUUGUGGUGCUAAAGAUCAUCUUGAUGUACAAUCAAUUAUGUCACAAACUGAAGCAUUUUUUGGUUUGAUUAAUUAUGAUUCGGAAAAUCGUUCACCUGAUUGUGAUGAAAUACCGAGGUUAAAGGUUACCGAGAAACUAUUGAUUGAGGUUUACACUGGAUUGUCUGUUUUUCUUUACAAAACUCACACCGAAAUGGGUAAAUUGUAUCACAAGUUGAUUAAUUGUUACCUUAAAUUAGGUAAAUUUCGUAAAUCAUAUGAAUUUAGUAAAAAAUAUCUCGAAGUUGUAAAAGCCUCUUCGUCCGGAUCUUUCGAUAUCAACGUUUUAAAUGGAUUACUAAUUGUUCUGGUUUGCUGUCAUCAAUAUCAUUCCAAUAUUCAAAAAUCACCACCACAAUCAUCAUCAUCAUCAACAAUGUCAACAAUUAGUCUUGAUUUGGAAAAAAUUUCCAAUCAAGUUAAUAAAUUAGUUAAUCAUUUGAUCCCAUCAAGUUUACCUUUACACAAAGAAAUACUUGAUUUUGUUGCUUCUCAAACUGAUUGUUUGUCAAUAACCAAAUCAAAAUGAACAAUUAAUUAAUGUAAUCAAACAAUUGAACCUUAAUUGUGAAAGAAAAAAUAAAAAUUGAAUGAAUCAACUUACACAAUUCUCAAUUGUUAUUCUAUCUAAAAGAUGCAAAAAUCAACCAAAUAACAAGAUAAUGAUUUUCAAUUGAGAUAGAAAAUACUACAGUUAAUCAGCUAAUCGACUAA